CCGCCGGGUAGCCGUGCACAGCCCGCCACCGCCCACGGCGGAGCCAGCCUCGCCGUCGCAAACCACGCGGUACACUGCCGAGACCUCGUGCAGCGCCACCGGCAGGCGGUCACCUCACCUCCCUCGCCUCGCUUCGCUUUCCUCCUCCUCUUUCUCUCCGUUUAUAAAAGCUCCCCUCUCGAAGCGAACGCGACCUCUCUUCUCCCCAUCGCCACCAAAAACCUCCCCAAAAACCGUGUGGUGAUGUCGCGGAAGCGCCCGCUCGAGGUAGCCCCGCCGGCGGGGCAGCACGUGGCCGUGGCCUCCGCGCCGGAGAGCCCGCGCAAGCGGCUGCGGCGGGCGGCGCGGCUCGUCACCAUGUCGUUGUGGCUGAGGCCGAGGACCAACGUGGUGCUGAUGGUUCGGCAGGUGCAAGUGGAGCUCGCGAGGAUGUGCACGCUUCUGAUGGCGCUGGUACUGCAACUUGGCACAAUCCAGACGCAGCUCAUCGAGCAAAGAACAGUUCAGCGGUUUCUCGUGGAGCGCUUGGAUGGUUUACAGGGAAUCAUGGAAGGAAUGAGGCGUGAUCAACCAGUGCUGAUCCAAUCGGCUAUCCGUACAGAGAUGCAGAAUAUAUGGGCAGCUUCACCUUCUAAUGGUGCUCAUCAGCAUGGUAAUCCUACGAUAUGCAGGUCACAACUCACUUUAGUAGCUAUACCUGAAGGUUUGGAACAAACUGGGGGCAGCGAUAGAAUUGUUCAGCUUCGAUUUGUCAACAACAACCCAAAGAUUACACAGUAUACUGAUUCAGCUGUAGAAUGGAAAAAUGGAAAAGAUGUUAAGGUGGCAGUAUUUGAAAAUGAUAAUCAAAUCAAACAGGGCGAUCUUUCUAAAGUGGAAGUUGAUAUCGUAUCUGUUCAUAGUGAUCUUUUCACUAAGCGAAGACAAGAGAAUUUUACCAAAGAAGAAUUCGACAAGCAGAUAUGCAGAAGUGGUCACAAAGAGUUAGUGCUGGCAGCAUUUAAUCUAAACAAUGGGGAAGGUUCUCUUGAUUCCAUCUGCUUUACUGAGAGCUCUCAUGGGAAAGAGUGGAGAUUGGCAGCAAGAGUCAAGACUCAGGUUCCCAGGGUCAGAUUUGAAGAGGCUGUUACUGAUCCUUUUGUCGUGAAAGUUGACAGAAGCAAAACAUACGCAAAGAGUUAUCCUCCAUUGAAGGAAGAUGAUGUACAUCGGUUGGUAGGGAUUUCCCCAAAGGGAAAAUUUCGCGAUAACCUUGUGGGUAAAGGAAUCGCAAAUGUGAAGCAGUUACUUCGUCAUUACUACAUAGAUGGAUCUGCUCUCCAGGAGCUUAUUGGCAUGAAGAACAGGGCUUGGAAAGAUAUGAUCGAUCAUGCCAAGACUUGUCAUCCUGGAAAUGAGCUAUAUUAUUACACUGCCAUGGAGAAGAAUUAUGAACUCUGUUUCAACGAUUUCUACGAACUUGUUGGCGUAAAACGUGAUGGCAAAUACACUGCAUACUGUAACCUUGACCACUCUCAACAGCGUAAAGUAAACAACUGGAAAAAGUCUGCAUAUAAGAAAUUUGAGGACCUGGAAAAAAACGAAAGUCUUAUUCCUGAAUAUGCCGAUGAUGGCCUUCCUGUCACUGUGUCUCCAAAUGAUGAUUCCAGUCCUUCCAUACCAGCAAGGCCAAUAUCCGAUCACCAGACUGCACUUCAAGAAUUUGGUCAGCGAAAUACACUUCUGGAGCAGAACGGCAAUCAACUUGCUUCAGAAUCUGGUCAACAGGACCCUUCUAUGCAUCAGGAUGAAAAUUUGAAUUAUCUGACCCAAAGAAACAUCUUGAAUGACCAGGGUUGCCCAUCACAACUGAAUACUCCAUCUCACAGUAUUGUGGCAGUUCAAGAAGAUGAUUUGAUACAAGGUGCAAAUCUAAGUGUCCAGCUCAACGGAAACUUGAACUCCUUGACAACUGACGCUGCUGGUACUUCUCAUCUUCUAACAGAUGGAGAUAUUCAGCAGAACCCUAUGAAUGAAUAUGGGUUGAUUGAUGAUUUCUGGAGGGGGUUAUCUCCAAUUGGAGGAUGGGUGGAACCAGACCAUGGGCAUAUGGCAUACCAAGGCGUCCUACCAGAUAACAAUGAAACAGCGAGUUCCAGCAACCAAUUUGAUGGUCAUGAAUAUGGUGGUGGUGGUGGCAACUGGCAAUGAUGAUAAUCUUCUUGGACUAAACGUGUUCAUAGCGACUAAACGCGUGCAGUCUGUAAAAGUUCAUAGGGUUAUAAGCAUUUGUAACACGGAUUCUUUAUUUGCUCUCAUGUUAAAGUUCAUAUUUGGACAUAGUUGGUUUUGUACUUAGUACUUACUACUAAUGAGAGUUUAAUUCUAGCA